AUGAGGCUCCGUGAAGAGCCCAAGCCUGGAGACCUGAUUGAGAUUUCCCGCAUCGGCUCCUCGCACUGGGCCCUGUAUGUGGGCGAUGGUUAUGUGAUCCACCUGGCUCCCCCAGGGGAGGACUCUGAGGCUGGCGCCCCCACCGGCUUAGGGGUGGUGAAAAGGGAGCUCCUCCUGGAAGUGGUAGGAAACUUCCUCUAUCAGGUCAACAACCACUUGGACCACCUGUACAAACCUCGGCCCAUAAAGCAGAUGCUCAGUUCUGGGAAUGAGAUGUUUGGUAUGGAGAUGGAGGACAGUGUUCUGAGCAGGAACUCUGAGCACUUGGUCACUGAUCUGAGAUAUGGCAAGGCCUACAGCCGGCAGCUGAUCAAGGUGUGGUGA